GCUGAUUUCUCUUCUGAGGACCUGAGAAAGGAGCUGUCAGGUCUGACAAAGAGUCUGGAGAAGAUCAGCCAGUGGGUCAUAAUGACAAGGACUCCAUCAGGUCAUGAAGCUCCAAUUUUUGCCCUCCUGCCCCUUGAACCUCAGAGCAGAGAUGACUUUUUAAAAUACUCCUGCCCACUCACACUGGACAUCCACACAGCACACAGAGUUCUCCGUCUGUCUGAAGGAAAAAAGAAGGUGACACAUGCGUUGACAAAGACUGCUUAUCCAGAUCAUCCUGACAGAUUUGACUGUUAUGUCCAAGUUCUGUGCAGAGAGGCUCUGACUGGGACUCGCUGUUACUGGGAGGUGGAAUGCAGUGCAGGUGACCUAAUGAUUGGAGUCUCAUAUAAAGGACUGGGUAGGAAAGGACAGAGUGUGGAGUGCGGCCUUGGAAAGAAUGACAAGUCCUGGUGUUUGAAGUGGUCUAAUUCCCAGUACUCUGUGCAUCACAAUAACAAGCAGUCUGUAAUCAAAGCUCCCUAUAGCCCCAGAGUAGGUGUGUAUCUGGACUGGCCUGCUGGCUGUCUGUCAUUUUAUAGCGUCUCAGAAACAAUGACCCUCCUGCACAGGCUCAAAACCUCCUUCACUGAGCCCCUUUAUCCAGGGUUUUGUCUUAAUGGUUACUUCAGUGUAACAAUCUGCGAUCUAACACAAAGUGACCUCUAACCAGCAUCCUUCACAGGUCACUUGAUGUCCCCACAAGCUCAGGUGUAUUUGUGUUUGUAGUUUGCAUUAAAAAUUAAUUUUAAAGGAUGGGUGGUGGGCAGCACCUAUGUGAGUGAAUUUGGUGAUAAGAAUGAGGGGCGAGUGCAGCUGUCAGGGUCUCCACUGUGUAUUACAGGCCUCAUCAGCAGAUGGCAACUAUGACUUCUAAAUCUGUUAUCUUCAUGCAACCUGAGGGGUUAAAAGGAAGACGAAAAGAUGAAAAAAGAGUGAGGGGUUAGGAUAAUAGAGAAGAGAGUCAGGGGGAUAAAGGGUGAGAUGAGUGACCUGAGACAGAGUGAGUCAAACGAGUGUGUCACUUGUGUGUUUGUGAGGUUUGUUCCUUCCACCUGAUUUUCUCCUCUUUGACCCGUCACACGCUGAUGGCCAUCCUGUGAUCACAGAUUGUAUUCCUCGUUGAUCAAAUCCGUAUCUCGAUGUGUGACUGACGUCUGAUUCUUUAAGCACUCGCUCAUCGGACAGGUUGUCACCCAAUGCGCUCUUUAUUGCUGACCUGAGCCCUGCUGCCCUCUCUUCUCUUCUGUCACCUCGGUCAUUGCUUCAGUCCCUGCUGUGUGACCUCAUAAAGUCACUAGUCUGUCUGGUCACUCAGGUCCUCGUCACAGCUGCACACUGGCAGUCGUUCAAACUCUACAGGCUGACAGCCAUGUUGUCCUGUCGUCUGGAUGUUUGUGUUGGUUGAGAUUGUCUCCUGCUGACCUUAGGGGCUUUUUUUUUAUUAUUUUUUAUUAAUUUUAUUGGAAUCCAUACAAAGCAAUCAAGUUUUUACAAAAAGAAAAAUUGAGUUAAGAACAGAUCGAUCCCCACCCUUGGGGGCUUUUUGAGCUCAGGAUUAGUGAACAAACCAUCGUGAAAAGAAAAUGUCAGUCAAUAGGGUGGACAGGUGGGCACAUUCUGGGCAAAAUGUCACUCUAAAGUCAAUGAGCACACUGGACAAAUCGUCAAUCACUGAUAAUCGACCCUCAUCAUAUGCUGUAAACUCAGACGCUGGUCAUGUGACUUGCAACUUAAUGACAUUCCUGUGACUUUCAGGGCUGUGACAUCAGCUGAUUCCUCUGGAGCCAAACUGCUCCCUCUUGUGGCCUCUCUGCAUAUUAAAUGCAUGAAAAACUCAGUUUUUAUUGAGAUCUAAAAAAUAUUGAUAUUAACUUGAAGGACAUUUUGAUUUUGUAAGAAUUAAUUAUGUAAAAUAAUGUUUACUUUAAAUUAAUCUCUUGUUAAUUAUGAAUAGGUGUUACAUUCAUAGAAAUAAAUGACUUAUUGAUGCUUCACAGUUUGUAAAAUUUAAUUUCCUUAUUAAUUUAAAAAUAUAUAAUAAAAAACAAAAGGACGACCGUUAUUUGUCAGAUUUGUUCAUUUGGUAACUUUUGAUUUAUAAAUUCCUCUGAUCAUAUCUCAGGUUUCUAUGUUCUGAUGAUAUUAGAACUUCUUGUUUAUGAAUAAUCCUCUUUAAUAAAAGAACAAAU